AUGGGUACAGGACCGAAAAAGUCAAAGCGCGCCAGCUCCGGUCAGGCUGGGCCAAGCCGACCGGUUCAUACGAGUCCGGGCGUCAUUCGAUCCGUCGGUCCCCUUGACACUUCGGGCAGCUUCGAGCCCGGCCCGCCACGGCGUCGAACGCCGCUUCAGUCGGUCCCGUUCGAGUUGCCGCAUAGAGCAGCGACCAGCCUCACUCCCGAAGGUCAGAUGAGCCUCGUCAUGACGACCGACAGCCCCAGACGUCCGAGAGGCGUGUCUGCGGGGGCACUGCAUCCCGGCGGCGUGGACGAGACGGCCUACUCUGAGCGCGAGAUCAUCGAAAUGGUGCCAAGUGGCAGCGCCGGUGCUGGACGUCGUAGUCGUGGCGAUAGUCAGGGCUAUGCAGCUGCUCCCGAGGUGGGUCUGAAGGCUGUGGUUUGUGUUCCGUCGCCUUGA